AUGGAUACCGACCCUCCCGAUCCUGGGGGUGGUUAUGAAAAUUGUAAUAUACUCCCACAGACAGAUGGUUCUUUGAAUAAUAAUAGAAAAAGGACUAAUUAUGAUAAUGAUUAUGUUCAACAUUACGUUGUUAAAAAAACUGGUGAUCUCCCUAUUCCUUCUAUUCAAUCAACGUACAUAACCCCUGAAUUUACUCUGAGAAAAAAUAAAUAUGAAGGCUCUGAAUCCCCUUUUUUAGUUCAUGUUUCCAAAAAAGAAAAUGAGUCGUCUUUAGGUGUUUCUCUAAGACCAAUCCACUUUGGAUAUUUUUUGUCAAAAAAUAAUAUUAAAAAUGUACUGGCUGAUGGUGUGAAACGUGUUGGUCGCAAUCGCAUAUCGGUUGAGUUCAAGUCAGCGUCAGAUGCUAACUCUUUUCUCGAGCUACCCACUCUAACGCAAUAUAAUUAUGAGGCAGUAAUCCCCUCAUACAAUGUUACCCGAAUGGGGAUUAUUAGAAAUAUGCCCACCGAGUGGUCAUUGGAAGAAAUUGUUGAGGAAUUAAACUCUGACCUUACCCAGCGAGGCCUAGGUAAAAUAGUACGAGCUCGCAGACUUAAUAGAAAAGUCCGAAGUGAAGGUGGGCCCCCCUCGUGGGUUCCCACUCAAUCCAUUGUACUUACUUUCUCAGGACAAAGGAUACCAGAACAUGUUUAUGGCUUUUAUAAUUCUAUACCUGUUGAAAUAUAUUUGUUGCCAACAAUUCAAUGCAACAAGUGUUGCAGAUUUGGGCAUGUCAAGUCACAAUGCAGGUCGAAACCCCGCUGCUUUGUCUGUUCCCAACCUCAUGAAGGAGAAACAUGUGACAAAACAUCUCCAACUUGCCUGUACUGCUCUGGAAGUCAUAGAGCCAAUGACCAAACCUGCCCUGAAUUCGAUAGACAAAAAAAAAUUAAGUAUGUCAUGUCCACUGAAAAUAAAUCCUAUCAAGAGGCUUCUGCAAGGUACCCCCGCACCGGCAUGCGUUCAUAUUCUGGAUCAACUAGUAAGAUCUCUUCUGUUUCAUGUUCCCCCCAAUCUUCCUCCCCUCGUACUCCACUGAAAUCUUCAAGCCGUAAAACUGUGUUCCUUCCACGCCGGACAUCUACUCCGGCCUCAAGCCCUGGUUAUGAUCGCCGUGCGCUCCAAAGGAUCACGGAAUACCCUCCCUCGUCUCUCUCCAAUGGAUGUGCCAUUUCCAAUACAUCAAUUUCAGCUUCUGAUGAUUCAAUGCCACAGGGCAAUGAAAUAUCUUCCGUAUUGAAUUUCUUCUCACGGCUUUCCGAAGUCGAUUUACCGAACAAUCUUAGAGAAAAACUUACUCAGCGUCUAUUCUCCCUUCCCGAUGGCUCCUCGCAAUAUUCUGCAAUGGAACUGUCUCCUGUUAUCGUUGCCAUUCAGGAGACUUGGUUGAACCCGGAGAUUCGAUUCCGUAUCCCUGGUUUCGCCUGUCUCAGGGAUGACAGAGUUGAUGGGCAUGGUGGUUCUGCGUUAUUAAUUUCUCGAUCUAUUACCUACUCACAAAUUCCACUUUCAGGUCUCUCGAAUACAUUCAACGCUGUAGCUCUUAGAGCUUUUAACAUUUCUUUUAUUUCUAUAUACAUACCAGAUCCCCGUCUUUCCACCCUAAAUGAACUAUUUGUGAUAAUAGAUUCUCUUCCACCUCCUGUCGUUCUCCUAGGAGAUUUCAAUAUUCAUCACACUCUUUGGGGGUCCCACUCCUGCGACUCCCUAUCCCUUGAAUUUCUCGAUCUCCUGCAUGACCGUGAUCUUUGUAUAAUAAACGACGGCACUCCCACGCGAAGAGUCCGACCGGGACAAGACGAGAGAAGUGCGGUCGAUCUUUCCAUUUGUUCUCCCUCGCUGGCUUCUUUAUUCUCUUGGACGGUACAACCCUUUGGUUGUGGCAGUGAUCAUUUUCCUAUCUUAUUGUCUAUUCCUGAUACUUCUUCUCACACCUUUUGUAAUAAUCCCCGUCCCCGUCUUAAGUAUAAAUUAUCUAGGGCUGAUUGGUCUCAAUUUUGUUCUGAGACCGACCGAGAAGUUUCGAAAAUCCCCCUUCCAUGUCUCGACAAUAUGACGGACUCACUUGAGCGCUUUAAAAAUGCCCUCUUUAAAGCUGCAGAUAAGUCUAUUCCGCUUUUAUCAAAGGGUAAAAACAAAAUUCCCUCCCCUCCAUGGUGGGACAGUGAGUGUACGCAAAUGUACAAAAAACGUAAAGAAGCUGAAGCAAUUUAUAACUCAUCCAUGACCGAACAAAAUUUUAUUAAUUAUCAGCAUGUGGCCGCUCAAGCUGCGAGAACCUUCUCCGACAAAAAACGUUCUGGUUGGCGUCACUUCUGUGAAUCUCUUUCCCCCAUGUCUCCCCCUUCAAUGGUGUGGAGAAACAUAAAACGAUUUCGUGCGUCUGUUACCUCUUGUGAAGACUCUUCCAAUGAUCACUCAGUCUGGAUAGACACUUUUGCACAGAGACUUGCUCCUCCGGUUGCCCCUUCUAUGGAAGAAACUACAGUAUUUCAGUCAUCGGGCCCAUUAGAAAAUGAGUUUGACCGCCCAUUCUCUUGGGAUGAGUUUUUGUGUGCCAUUAAUGGCCUCAAAGAUUCUUCACCGGGUAUAGAUGAGAUCCCUUAUUCUUUCAUCGUAAAUUCUGGUCUAGAAACUCGUAAAUUUUUUUUAAAUUUAAUAAAUAUCAUCUUUUUCUCCAGCCUUCCGCCGGAAGAAUGGAAAUCUCAAAUUAUACUCCCUAUUCUUAAACCUGGGAAGUUAAGUAAUGAUCCUCUGGGAUAUAGACCUAUCGCACUGUCAUCUACCUUGGCAAAAAUAUUAGAACAUCUGAUUAAAAAUAGAUUGGAAUGGCUAGUGGAAAGUAGAGGUAUAAUAGCUAAAAGUCAAUAUGGUUUCCGGAAGGGAGCAGGAACGAUGGAUAGUUUAAGUUCAUUUAUUACUGAUAUCCGUAUAGCCCUUUCGAAAAAUAAAUCGGUGAUUGGCGUAUUUCUGGACAUCUCAUCAGCAUACGAUAAUGUACUUCUUCCGGUGCUCAGAAGCAAAAUGCUUCAUCUGAACAUUCCUGUGAGGAUAGUUAACUAUAUUUCAAAUUAUCUUUCGGCUAGAUCUGUCCAAAUUUCUAGUAAAAAUUCUCUUCUCCCCUCUAGACUUGUCUGGAAGGGCCUGCCCCAAGGAUCUGUCCUAAGUCCCCUGCUAUACAGUAUAUACACCCAUGAUUUGGAGCUUACCGUCAAUUCAUUUUGUGAUGUCCUACAAUACGCUGAUGAUUUAUCACUUUAUGUAUCGUCUGACAACUUUGACGAAGCCACCUCUCGACUUAACACUGCUAUUAGAUAUCUGGAUGAUUGGCUUCAGAAUCACGGUCUCAAUCUCUCUAUACCUAAAAGUACAGUUGUGGUAUUUUCUAGAGUCAGAAAUAUACCUAAUAUUUCAAUUUCUUGCAAUGGUAAUAUAAUUCCAGUCAAAAAUAAAGUAAAGUUUUUAGGUCUUAUCCUGGAUUCAAAAUUGACAUCAAUUCACCAUAUUAAUCAUGUCAUUGCGAAAUGCGAAAGAAAUAUAAACAUUAUUCGUUCCCUUUCAGGUGUUUGGUGGGGUUCCCACCCAUUUUCACAAAAGCUCUUGUAUAAUGCCAUAGUUAGAAGUCAUCUCGACUAUGGCAUCUUUAUUCUUGAACCAUGCAAUAAAUUACCUCUACAUGCACUAGACAAAGUCCAGGCUAAAUGUCUCAGAUUGAUUACAGGGGCUAUGAAAUCCUCUCCUAUUAACGCAAUGCAAGUCGAAUGUGUUGACCCCCCUCUACAUAUCAGGAGACAGUACCUUAGUGAUCGCUUUAUUUUUAAAAUUUUUCAAACUUCUUCACAUAGUCUUCUUCCAAAACUUCAUGAACUGUCACACCUUGUUACUGCCGGUGGAUAUUGGGCACACAAAGAACCUCCUUGUCUUGUAAAAAGUUAUCUCAAAAUCACUCGUCUUGCUUGUCCACUUUCUCAAACUACCCUUAAUCCCAUAUUUGAAAUUCCCUAUCAGGCGUUAGUUCAUAACCCGAACAUAAUACUGGACUUAAAUAUAACUAAGGACCCAGCUUCCGCAAACACCAAUUUCCAGCGAAUAGUUGAUGAGCGCUGGAGUGAUUGGCUUAUUAUUUAUACGGAUGCCUCCAAGCUCUCAGUGCAUGGUUACGUGGGAGCAGCUGUCUGGAUUCCCAAAUUCCGUAUAGUAUUAAAUUUUAAACUUCCCUCCUUAUCCUCGGUAUUUACUGGAGAGUCGGUUGCCAUCUUAGAAGCCUUAAUGUACAUCGAAUCACACAAGAUUAGAAAGACAAUAAUAUUUUCGGAUUCUAAAAGCUGUUUAGACGCAAUUUUAUCAAAUCAAUUUAGAAGUAAAUCAAGAUUCCCUUUUAUUAUGGAAAUUAAAAACAUUUUGUACAGAUGUUCUCUGCAAGGUCUCCAGGUCACUCUUGCGUGGAUUCCAGGUCAUUCUGGGAUCCAGGGCAAUGAGUCAGCUGACCAUUUAGCUAAAGAAGCCACAUCGUGUGGCUCAAUGAGUCACCACAAACUAUACAUUCAUGACCUGGUGUCCUUGGCUAAGGAACAUCUUUUGUCUAGUUGGAAAUCUGUGUGGUCCGAGACUUCUAUUAGCAAAGGAAAAUACUAUGCAGACAUACAAGAAUCCAUACCAGUGAGGCCAUGGAUUUUUAAGUUCCCUGAUGCAAAUAAGCAGACCACGUCGACGAUCUGUCGACUACGAUUAGGCCAUGCGUGCACUCCAACUUUCUUAGCGAAAAUCAGGGUUAAGGAUAGCUCGCUAUGUGAAUGCGGAUUAGGUGAAGGAACGGUGGACCAUAUAUUUUUCUCUUGCCCGAACAGAACUUCUUCCUUAAUUGAUGUCCUCCCCAAUUAUAUCCCUCGUCCCACUAACUUUAAGACCCUCUUAACCCACGAACAUACCCCGUUUGUAAAUCAACGUUUGUAG